AUUCCUACAGCCUUUGUCAGCACACGUUUAGAACUAGCGCGUGAAUAAGACAACAAAGUGCGCAACGGAGAUCGAAUUCGAGCCGAAUGGACACAAUAACCAGAUGAGCCAGCGUGGGUUUUAGAUUGCUGUAGCCUACUCUCCAGGACUUUGACGCACACAGGAUAUCCGAAUUGGGAAUUGCGAGUUCCAGAUGUUAGUCCACACUUACUCAGCGAUGGAGCGCGCGGACGGACUGACCGGUUCCUCACCGAGCGGCCGUCUCUCCCAGUUGUCUUCCCUCAACCAGGCUGCCUAUUCCUCUGCGCCCCCCUUGUGUCACACCCCAGCAUCGGACUUCCAGCCACCCUACUUCCCACCACCCUACCCGCAGUCCUCGCUGUCCUUCUCACAGAGCCAGGACUCCGCGUACCCGCACCUGCCGGAGCCCUACAACUCCAUCAGCUCACUCCAUCAGCAACAGGCCGCGUGGCACUCUCAGCGGUCACGCUCAGAGGAGGGCGCACUGCUGUCCCAGUCCCAAAGGGCGUUAAGUCUCGACCCGCGGCGGGAGUACCCUGGGGUCCCACGGCUACUGCACGGGCUGGGGGAGGGCGCGGCUGCAUUGGGGGAGAGUCCUCUCGGGAUGCACGCGGGACAUCACAGCCUGGAAGAUAUGCAGGUGUGUGCACUCACGAGUCUGGCAAUGGAGGAGGCUUCAGCACUCGGGGUUUUGGACCACUCUGUCAUUAAGAAAGUGCCCAUACCUUCAAAGCUGAAUGGCUCCACCCUGUCGGCGCUGACCUUCAGUAAGGACGGCAUGGCUCUGGGUGGUGUGUCCAACCCAGCGGAGGUCUUCUGCACGGUGCCCGGUCGUCUGUCCCUCCUCAGCUCCACCUCCAAGUACAAGGUCACCGUGGGAGAGGUGCAGAGACGCCUGGCCCCACCUGAAUGCCUCAACGCAUCACUACUGGGUGGAGUCUUACGCAGGGCAAAAUCUAAGAAUGGCGGCCGCUGCCUUCGGGAGCGCCUGGAGAAGAUCGGCUUGAACCUGCCAGCUGGACGCCGCAAAGCAGCCAACGUCACUCUCCUCACAUCACUGGUGGAGGGUGAGGCGGUGCACCUUGCUCGGGAUUUCGGUUACGUGUGUGAGACUGAGUUUCCCGCCAGGGCCACGGCAGAGUACCUGUGUCGCCAUGGUGACCCCGAACAGCUGCCCACAAGACGAAGCAUGCUGAUUGCCACCAAGGAGGUGUGUAAGGAGUUUGUGGAGUUGAUGUCUCAGGACCGCUCUCCUCUGGGAGCGAGCCGACCGGUGCCGUGCCUGGAGUCGGGCGUCCAGAGCAGCCUGACCCACUUCAGCCUGCUCACCCACGGCUUCGGGGGCCCCGCGAUCUGUGCCGCGCUCACCGCCUUCCAGAGCUACCUGCAGGAGGCGCUGAAGGUCCUGGACAAGAGCGAGGGGGGCCGGGGCCACGAUAAGGAGCUCAAACACCGCAAGUAGGACCCAGACACCCCCUCCUCCUCCCCUCAGCUGGACCUACAGACUUUCCUUCUUCCUGCCUGAUCAAAAACAGAGCAGUACUUAAAUGUGAAGCGUGUGGUUGAUACAAGCUGCAGCGGUGGGCUCCGAGAGAGGUUUGAGGUCGCCGUGGCACCCACUGAGAACCUCCGACAGACACGCAAACACACGCCGCCGCCGCUGCUUCUGGGGGAUCAUGUCAACGUACUCACACCCGAUGUUCAUACAUGAUCUCAGUUUUGUCCCCAACAUGCACAUGCAAGUGAACUGCUGGAUAUCUGUGCCGUGCAUGCGUGUGUGAUCCUGCUGGGGAACUCUGAGUACCGACUCUUAGCAGGACUUGGCAGCUAACAAGCAGGAUCUAAUUUUUGGGAACAAUAUAAUAAGGAUUUAGUAAUGUAAAAUAUUUUUUGUGUCUUUUGUACUUCCUGUUGUAUGUUUAUUUAUGUUAUUACUGCUGUUCUUAUUGUAUUACAAACAUAAAUGUAAUAUAUUAUUAAAGUUGGAUGACUGA